AUGAUGUUGAAUAGACAUUCUAGGUCUUCAAGACCUAGGAAAUCAAAACCAAGAAGUUCGGGAAGAAGUAAAACUCUUUCAAAAAAUAAAGUAGUCAUAAGACGUUUACCACCAUUGUUGCCUGAAAAUCAGUUCUUAGAAUCAAUUAAACAAUGGGUAAACGAAAACACAACUGAUCAGCUCAAGUUUUAUCCAGGGCGAGUUAGUAAAAGUAAAAAUAAAGAAUGUAUUUAUUCAAGAGCUUACAUACAUUUCAAAAAUAUUGAACAAGUACUGGAAUUUCAUAGAGUCUAUGAUAAUCAUUUAUUUAGAGAUAAACAAGCAGAAGAGGCACAACAAAACGCAUUUAAAGAACCAAGCGCUACUUUAGAAGGUGGUGCUACUCAAUUAGAAAGAUUGGAAAAUCGUUUAGCUAGUGCUGCAGCAUUGAAUGCGUCUGAAAAGCCAAAAACUACUCCAUUAAUUGAAUAUUUACGUGCUCAAAAAUCUGAUAAUAAUAAUUCAGAUCAAAAAAUUGAUAAGAUAGGUGAUGAUGCUACUACUAAAGCUGAAACCAACGAAUCAAAAGAAAAGGAAAUCACAAGAAAUCCAGCUGUAAAAAUAACAAUUCAACAACGUCAAAAGGAUCAAAUAAGACAAAUCAUACAAAGACCAGUAAAAAAAGAAGAUAAAGAAUCUACAAUUGACAAUAAUAAUAGUGAAACAAAGAAGAAUGAAACGUCUAACAAGGAAAUAACUUCAACUAAUUCAUCCAUACGAUCAUCCACCACAAGUUAUUCACAAUCAUCAAAUUCUUCAUAUUCACCACAUCGUGGUAGACGUGAUAAAAGAAGAAAUUAUAGCUUUGAUAAUAAACCACACCACGGCCAAAUACAAAUAUUAACUAAACCUCAAUCUCAACAACAAAAAGCUGCUAUAAAUACAUCUAAUACUACCACUGAUUCUACUACUGCAUCUUCUUCACCUGCAUCAUCAUCCACAGCGAAAACUUCUGCUACUACUAGUAUAGUAGUAGCAGCAGCAGCACUUCCAAUCAUCAGCAACAUUCAAAUAAUGUACCACCUUCAAACAAUCGUAGAAGUAGAGGUUAUUAUAGUAGAAGAGGAAGAUGGUAAAUGA